AUGACCCGCCAAUCUUCGGCGAGCUUCGCGCAGUUCUUCCCUGCAGCCCCCCGCGUCGCUAAGGACAGAGCCGAACGAGAAAAGGCAAAGGUCAAGAUUCAAGAUACAGCAGGCGGCUCGAUCGCCGGUCCGAAAAGCAGCGGCAGCACCCCUCUGCCCAACGGCACGAGUGGCGGAAGAACAUCCGGAGCUGAUGGCCUACUAUCCGACACCUCGCAACAGCCAACCGCAGGCCGCGAGUCCCCCAUAGGAGAUAUUCUCAACACCGUUGGGUCUGCGAGCUCCUAUGAGAGCACUGUCUCCUCCGUCCUGAGCUCGACUGCGCGGCAAGCUGUUCCCAACGGUAUAUCUCAUAUCCCUACAUCCAGCGGCACGCCGCCCACGUCCGUUGAAUCACCCUCAAACUCGGGUAAUGUCGGCCUGUCGAAGACGAAUAUGCUACAAGUACAUGAUACCGAUCAGGGUGAGGCACCGGCCUCUCAAAAUAUCCCACCAUCCCGCCUGGGCAGCUCACAAAUCCCGGAACCAUAUCCUCCGAUUGAGCGCACUCCUGCGCGAGAUCCUACUCGAUCGCGAAAAGGCAUCAAGUGCACAUAUGACCCCAAUAUCGACCGGACCCUGUCGAAGCAUGGCAGGAAAGAUGCCAAGCCGAUAUAUAAGGAGUUUGGAUUGGAAGAUGACGCCCCUCCUCCCGACCCUCGCCUUGCAAAGGGCGGGCGACUGGGUUACAUCAAUACCGAUUUCCACCUCCCCAAGUCUCGCUUGCGACAAUCGCCCUACAAUUUGAGACCGUACCCCUACGACCCCAAGACCUCCAUCGGGCCAGGGCCGCCAACACAGAUUGUCGUUACUGGCUUCAAUCCCUUAAUCACAUUUUCCAAGGUGACGGCGGCCUUUGCGACCUUUGGCGACAUUGCAGAGAGCAGCAACAAGAUGCAUCCUGAGACUGGUAGCUACCUAGGAUUCGCAACGUUCCGUUACAAGGAUGCGCAUCCCAGUCGGUCGAGGCCCGCCUCUAUCAAGGCGAUUGAUGCCGCGCGCCGGGCCGUCAAGUCGAUGCAUGGGCAGCGCAUUGAGGCGAACCAAAUCCGAGUCGAAUAUGAUCCUGAAGGCAAGAAGAGCCGACAAAUGCUGGAGGAUGCCCUCAACAAAGACAGAGUUGCCCAAGAGGCCUCCAUCACGAAGGCGCCACCGACAGGCCCUCGAGCAAUCGUGUCCGACAAGGUUCCUGGACCGCCGCCCAUGGCACCAAAGGGCCCGUCUUCGCACAGGCAGGCCGUGGCAGGGGUUCCCGCUUGGGUGCCGAGCCAACCGAAGAUGCACGUCGCUGUCGAGGAGAAAAUCAUUGCAAAGCAGCUCGCGUGCGAGCCCUACAUCUUUGUUGCCCACGAGCAUGUUCCCGUCAUGGUUACGACGAUACCCCAUAUGAAGAAGCGACUUAAAGCGUUCGCUUUCGAAGAUAUCCGCAUUGACCGUACUGGCUACUACAUCUUGUUCCCCAACUCCUACCACGGCCGCAACGAAGCUAUGAAAUGCUACAGGGCUGCUAAUCACACCGACCUGUUCACUUACAACAUGGUGAUGCAGCUCUCCCUUCCACCCACGACCAGUCGAGAUUCCGAGUCCGCCGCCCCGCCGCCCCGACGACGAACACCAAGUCCCGAACGCAAGCGCCGAAGCGAUGUGCGACUACGAGAGGACAAGGACCGCCGUCGUCGAGAAGAAGAGGCAGACGUAGAGGAGGAGAAGCGGCAAAGAGCUAAAAACUUUGACCCUGUCCUCGAAGCCUGUGAGGUUGUCACCCGGGAACUGGCAGAGCAUCUGAUCAAGCACAUCCGUACGAGGGUUGCUGCUCCUACUCUGACCACUUUCCUGGACCCUUCAAACCACGUCACAAAACGACGGCAGCUGCAUCUGGAAGAUCCAGUCGGGUCUGUUCCAUCUGUCACUGUCGAUGCUGGUGAUGAGAGCCCCGGUGUCAGCACGCCCAACUCAGGUGCAGACCCUAUCGAGCGUCGUACAGGCCGUCUGGAGAUAUCGGCCCUGCCUCGAAUCCGUAAGGCCAAAGCUACUGCUCAGGGAGGAUCACGCCACCAUGGCUUCACCGAUCCUUUCUCGCGCAAGCGGGUGUCGCAAAGUCGCAAUGCGUUCAGGUCGCUGCACCAUCGUCUCAAGAGCUACGACAGUGACGCCGAAUCUGACGACGAGGCUGCAAUCAGAGAGUCUCUGGCGAGAGAUACCGAAGAGCCCGAUUCUAGGCCGCGCAGCCGUAUGAGCACGGAUGACGAAGUCAAGGAUGACUUUGCCUCCUGGGGACCAGCGGAGGAAGACUCUAUGACCGAGGCAAGCUUUGCUAUUGGCGAAAGUUUGACAGCGACGAAGAAGAGAAAACUAGAUCUCGAGAUCCAGUCGGCAAUCAAACGUCAGAAGAAGUCCGAUGAGGAACUCUUUGGGGUCACGCUAGACAAUGUCGAACCCGAGUUGCUGGUUCACGAAAUCUCGGAAGAGGCUACCCCUGACGCCGAUUUGCUCGAUGCACAGAGCACUCGAUCCGAGACUCCACUGUCAACUUCCAAGGGCAUAGUCAAGAAGACGAAGUCGAAGAAGAAGUCGAAGAAACAGAUGUUUGAGGAAAGGGAGGCGCUCAAAAAGCAGCACAUCCCGACACCCGUGGAAGUGGAAAUGGAGGAGGAAACACAAGCCCCGACCGAGACUCUUUUAGAAGAGGUCAAGCCGGUGCCGGUAGAGACCAAGGUUGAGGAACCAGAGCCGCUGCCGCUACCAACGAAGGUAGAUCCGGCCUUAUUCUCGACUACACCCACCCCCGCUCUCGAUCUAUCUAGCGAUUUCAAACUCAGCAUUUCCGCGUUACAAGAGCUCGCGCUGUCCGCAUGCGAUGGCCCUGAUGUUACCAAACUCAGGAAGAGGUUCGCUGGAGCAGAUCUCGGAGACCCGCUCCUCUGGUUAUGGCGGCGCAAUCGUGUACGGGAGCUUAACUCCCCUUCCGGGUCGGUCGACCAGGCCGUGGGCAUUGAUGGCUACUACGUCCCAAACGCUACCGGGGCUGCACGAACCGAAGGAGUCAAAAAGAUUCUUAACGCCGAAAAGUCCAAGUACCUGCCCCACCACAUCAAGGUCCAAAAGGCCAGAGAGGCACGUCAAGCCAAGUACCAGAGGGAUGGUAAGGACGCUGCAAUUGAGGCCAGCAGGCUCACUGCGGCAGAAAAGGUUGUCGCCAAGGGCAACUCAAGAGCCAACCGCGCCAACAAUCGUCGUCACGUGUCGGCACUCCAGGACGAGAAGAAGAUAUCGGGCGACUCUGACGCCUUUAAGUUCAACCAGCUUAAAAAGCGGAAGAAGCCUGUCAAGUUUGCCCGGUCCGCGAUUCACAAUUGGGGUUUGUACACAGAGGAAAACAUCAACAAGGACGACAUGAUCAUCGAGUAUGUCGGAGAACAAGUCAGACAAUCCAUCUCUGAGAUUCGCGAAAAGCGCUACCUCAAGAGUGGUAUGGGCAGCAGUUAUCUGUUCCGUAUUGACGACAACACGGUCAUCGACGCCACCAAGAAGGGCGGCAUCGCUCGUUUCAUCAACCACAGCUGCAUGCCCAAUUGCACGGCCAAGAUCAUCAAGGUCGACGGAAGCAAGCGGAUCGUCAUCUACGCCCUCCGCGACAUUGGUCAACACGAGGAGCUGACGUAUGACUACAAAUUUGAGCGUGAAAUUGGCAGCCUGGAUCGCAUUCCCUGUCUGUGUGGUACGGCGGCGUGUAAAGGAUUCCUCAACUAA